AUGUCAGACAGGGAGGAGGAGGCCCCCAGAGGGAGGGAGCCAGCAUGCCUGCUGUGUCAGCAAUCAGAGGCUGACCCAGACAUCUGCGGGGAAAAACUCCAGAAACAUGGGAUCUGUGCCCACGUGUUCUGCCUGUAUUUUGCCAGCCUCCUUGAUCAGCAAGAGAAUGAAAGAGUAGGACUCCAGGGCUUUCUCCCAAGGGAUAUCCUACAUGCAGUCAACCGGGCGGCACAGACGAGCUGCUGCAUCUGUGGCAAGAGCGGGGCCACCAUCUCUUGCUGUGAUACAGAAUGUGACCUGAGCUUCCACCUGCCCUGUGCCAAGCAGGGACGCUGUGUCACCCAAUUCAUUACACCGUACAGCCCAGAGCAGACAGUGGAGGCGACUCCAGAGCCGGGCACCGAAUGCCUCAUCUGCUUGGAGCCUGUGGAGCACAGAAUGACCUUCAAUACCAUGGUGUGCCCAGCCUGCAAAACCGCCUGGUUCCACAGAGACUGCAUCCAAGGACAGGCUCUGAGCUCUGGAUUUUUAACCCUCCGGUGCCCCACCUGCAGAAAUAGGCAGGCAUUUCUCAUGGAUAUGUUCACCAUGGGGAUCCGAAUCCCCUUCAGGCUACCAUCGUGGGAGAGCACUACUGCAUUCGAUGAGCUGGGAGAGAGACACAGGCACUGUGAUGCCAGUGAGUGCCUUUGUCCAGGAGGCAGGCAGGAGGCAGAGGAGGAGGGGUCCUGGGAACUGCUCCUGUGCUCCUCCUGUGCUGCCGAGGGCACCCCCAGACACUGCUCUGGCCUGAGGGACAGCACAACCUGCUGGGACUCUGAUGGCUGUGUUGGUCUGGGCAUAGGACUCUUCUGACAACUCCAAGGAAUACGAGACCAUCACCCCCAGUAUGAGCAAACUCCAUGCCAACUGACAAGCAACAUCGGAGGAGACUCUGGAAUCCC